GAGCAGGGACCAUUUGAGGUGGGGCUGAAGGCUAGCUGAUAGCACACCCUCAGCCCUGCCAUCCCUGGCUUCAGACUGGCUGGCUUCUCAGCCCAGGUCCCCACCUUUACAACUGGACUCGCUGUGCCUUGAACUAGACCCAGGCCUUCUCCUCUCUCUAGGGUCACAGCUGCAUGUGUCUAAACCCCAAAACACUACACACUCCUUCAGAGUCCAGGAGAUCAGUGUUCCCAGAGCCUACUUGGGAAACUACACUAAAACCCAGUUAGUGGCCCAAGGCCCCUCUUUCACACCCCAGCCAUUCCAGGGCCCCACCCACCCCCAAAGACGGAUGCACCUUUCUCGGAGCCAGCAUGGAGAACACAGACCCACAGCUUCUGAACUGGCUUUCCUAUUUGUCUCAUCCCCCAAUUGUCUAACAAUUUCCGAGGAAAAGCUCUAAUUCUAGCUAAGCUGUUCUACCAACUCCCACCCCCAGGAGGGCAGGGCCAGAGGCUGGACAAAACUGUGCCUGUGGCUGGUGGCUGCCCUGAGACCAGUUGUGCCCACGUCCUGCAUCAGUUCACAACCGGUGAAUCCCAGGGCUGGGGUCAUAGCAUGAGUUCUAGAGAUAAAAAUGACUAGAGUAAACCCUGGGUCAAGGUUAGGUGAGGGCAGGGACGGACACUAGCAGCGUGGAGCCUUGGGCAGAGAUGGGAUGGGGAGAGAAGUGGGUUGGGGUGGUGUAGGCGCUCCUUCUGUGGCCUGUGUGGCAAGACCGAGGACAUGAGAAAUUCUAAACCGAAACCUGAUGCCCCAGAUCUUUAUGCCUUUUUAUAAAGGAAGGCAAUGAACAUUUUAUUUUAUCAGUUUCUUGAACUAAUUUCAAACUUCAAAAAUCAGACACGGUGUGUGCCUCCAUCCGUGCUUUUCACUGGCUCUCAAAUGUUAGGGACAGGCCUGACAACCUGUGUUUCAGGAGGCGCAUCCCAUCGGGGCCAGACUGUAGGGAGGCUGCUGAGAAGGCUGCAACUUCGUGGCCUGCGGCCGGUCCCGCAAGAGAUGGCCCCAGGGGCGCCCGCACUGCUGCUGCUGUCGCUGCUGUCACUGCCAGGUCUCCCGCCUCGCGCUACCGGCUGCCCUGCGGCCUGCCGCUGCUACAGCGCCACGGUGGAGUGCGGCGCCCUGCGGCUGCGCCUGGUCCCACCCGGAAUCCCGCCCGGGACGCAGACGCUGUUCCUGCAGGACAACAGCAUCGCGCGCCUGGAGCCGGGCACCCUGGCGCCCCUCGCCUCCCUGCGUCGUCUCUACCUGCACAACAACAGCCUGCGCGCCCUGGAGCCAGGCGCCUUCCGUGCGCAGUCGCGCCUGCUGGAGCUGGCUCUCACUGGCAACCGGCUGCGCGGCUUGCGCGUUGGCGCUUUCGCCGGCCUGGCCCAGCUGCGCGUGCUCUACCUAGCUGGCAACCAGCUGGUACAGCUGCUGGAUUUCACCUUCCUACACUUGCAGCGACUGCAGGAGCUGCACCUGCAGGAAAACAGCAUCGAGCUGCUGGAGGACCAGGCCCUGGCCGGGCUCUCCUCGCUGGCACUGCUGGACCUCAGCAGGAACCAGCUGGGCACCAUCAGCCAGGAGGCCCUACAGCCCCUGGCCAGCCUGCAGGUCCUGCGCCUCACAGAGAACCCAUGGCGCUGUGACUGUGCCUUGCACUGGCUGGGAACCUGGAUCAAGGAAGGGGGCCAGCGCCUGCUCAGCUCCAGGGACAAGAAAAUCACGUGUGCAGAGCCCCCCCGCCUGGCACUUCAGAGUCUCCUGGAAGUAUCUGGCAGUAGCCUCAUCUGCAUCCCACCCUCUGUGCACGUGGAGCCGCUGGAGGUGACAGCCAACCUGGGUGAGGACCUGCGGGUUGCCUGCCAGGCUUCCGGCUACCCGCAGCCCCUGGUGACCUGGAGAAAGGUGGCGCAGCCUCGUGAGGGGCCGCCGCAGGCCCAGGCCCAACCUGAAGGCGGGGUGCCGGGCCCAGGUGGGCCCGGGGCAUCCGACACAGGCAGCGGCAUGCUCUUCCUCACCAACAUCACCCUGGCCCACGCCGGCAAGUACGAGUGCGAGGCCUCCAACGCCGGCGGCGCCGCCCGCUUGCCCUUCCAGCUUCUGGUCAACCUGUCCCAGCAGCUGCUGCUGGCGCCUGCGCCGCCGCGGGCCGGCGGCCCAGUCAGCCACGAGCCCCUGCCCAAGGCGGGCGGCAUGGCCUUUCGCGCCCUGGGCCUGGCCACGCAGACGGCCAUCGCGACGGCCAUCGCGCUCCUGGCGCUCACGGCGCUGCUGCUGGCGACCAUGAUCUGCCGCAGGCGGCGCAGGCGCAAAAAGGCACCAGGGCCUCCCGGGGAGGGCGCGCUCUUCGUCAACGACUAUUCGGACGGGCCCUGCACCUUCGCGCAGCUCGAGGAGCUCCGCGACGAGCGGGGCCACGAGAUGUUCGUCAUCGACCGCUCCAAGCCGCUCUUCGCCGAGGGCCCGGCGGAAGCGGCCGAGGGCGCAGCGCCCGGAAUCGCGCAGGGCCUCCCGCUGCAGCCGCCUGCCGCCUACGAGAUCCGUUGCUGAGGGGGGGCGGGGGCGGACGCGCGCUGAUGACGCGGGCCACGCGGAUUGGCCGACCCGGCUCGCCCCGCGCAUGCUCCAGCGUGAUCAGUAAAGCGUGGAAGCUG